UACUAUCUUAUAAAAAAGAAUUUCAUAGUGUCAAAGCAUGCAACAGAUCGUGUUGUAUGACUCAAGGAUAGUUCGGUAAUUUUUCAGAAUUUCUUCGUUCUCAUUCGUUUCUAUCUUUUUAAACUUCUACAGAUUUAAAAUUACGUAAAAAAAAAAAAUUAUAAAUCGCGAUAAUUAAACUUGAAAUAUUUUGAAGUCAUAAAUAUAUAAUUGACUCUUUAAAAUCGAUUAGUACUACAUAAAAUAAAAAAGAAGAAGAAAGUAACAUGCAUUAUUUGUUACGUAAAAGUAAUAUUAAUCAUAAUAAUUCUAUUAUAUACAUACAUGAUAUAGAAACUUGUAUAACUAACUAUUAAGUUAGUUAGCCUUAAUUAACUGAUUAGGAUUUUAGCUAAUUAACUAACUAUACUUAAACAGACUUAAGUCAAAAUCAUUUACUCUACUAUUUUGUUACUUCCUCAUCACGACACCGAUCCUUCUCUCCGUUCACUGCUCGCCGGCGACUGCCAUCUCCGUUCACCUCUGUAAGUUUUCUCUGUCCUUAUUUCUCUUUCUUAUCAGCUCUCAUUUUACUAUCCCUCUGUUUGCGUUGGAACCGACACCCGACGGCCUCCCCAUUAGUGACGUUUUGACUAAGUUAAGCUGGCUCGAUCUCGGUUUUAAUUCUUUCUAUGAAAUGCUGUUUCAGAAGAAAAGCGUGCAUGUUAUUGUGAAUUUUUUUAUGUUAGCGUUUAUGUACUCUGUUCAUGAGUUUGUAUCUUCAGCCUUACCGGCUGUAUUGUUGAGUUCUGUUGUUAAUUUUAUAUGAUUUUACUCGGUGCUUCUUUCGCAAUUGGAAUUUGAUGUUGAUCGGAAAAAAAUUAGGGUAGGGUUUUUGUACUCUGUUGCGCUUUUCUCUUCGAGACUUGCCGCUGGCUUGUUAUUAUUGUGAUGUAUAGUGAUUGGUUGUCUCACGGUUGACAUGCAUGUUAUUAUGAAUACGAUUUUUGCCCCUGUUUUACUGUGAAUCGGUUAAGUUUUACAUGUAAUGUAGAUGUUCUUGUGAUAAACUAUAUGUCACAUUGUUAGAUUUUUAGAUGGAAGGUGAAGAUAAUGCCAAGUUAGACUCUCCUCCGGGCCUUCCAGUUGACAAUGACUCUGUAUCGGACAAUGCCGGUGAAGAAUUGGAGAAUGACAGGGGAAGAAUGUUAAGACUGGGGGACUUUGUUGCUCACAUUUCUGAUCUAGACAAGGCACUUGGACAAGUAGUUCAAAUAAAUCAAUCAUUUCUUCUGUAUGAUGUGAAAAAGCUCAAGCCUUCGCAAUACAUUCCAUCUAACCAACUGAAGCGUGUAACAAAAUUCUUGGAGGGAGAUAUGGUAGUCCUUAACAAUUGGUUGGGUAGGGUAGAUUUUGUUCUCCGUGAUGUUACUGUAAGGUUCAUGAAUGGAUCUUUACGCACUUUUAAAGGAGGGAUGGGUCUUCAGCCACAUGAUGAUUGGGAUGGUCUUUCACUACAUCUUGGACAGAAGGUGAAUGUUUCCCCGAAACGGACAUGUACAAUAACAGAACUGGUCGAUGGAUCAGUAUAUGUUAUAUGGAUCAUUAGUUCUGAUGGCAAUGACGACUCCCCUCCCCUUGCUAAACAAGAUCCUGACAGGUUGACCCAAGUGUUUCCAUUUUGCUCCACUUGGAAAAUUGGAAAUGUAUGCGGGCAUGAGCUUUCAAAAUCUGAAACUGAAUUUUUACUUGGUGAUGUCGAAACUUCUGUUGAUGUGACUUGGCAAAAUGGGAUAACUGAAAAGAACCUACCAUCAUCAAUACUGAAACCCAUUUCUGAUCUUGGAGUUCACGAUUUCUUCAUCGGUCAAUAUGUGGUAUUGGAUAAUUCUGAUGGUUUGGGAGUCGUCAAAUCUGUUGAUCACAAGGAGAAAACCACAACAGUUAGAUGGCUGAAUAUCCCAAAUGAGGAAAUCAUUAGUUCUUGCCAGCUAAAUCGACUUUUUAACUAUCACCUGGGUAACUUGGUGUUGCGCCGAAUAACAAGAGAAGCAGAAAAUUCUCAUUUGUCCUCCUUUGGGAAUAUAAUUGGCUUCAAAGAUGGCAACAUUGAGGUUACAUGGGCUGAUGGUACUAUCUCUAUGGUUCAACCUCAAGAACUUCAUGGUGUUAUUGAUCGAGAUAAAUAUGAGGAUACUGAUGAAUUUGCAAGCAACGGUAUUGAACAGGAAGUUGAGGAGGAUGCAUUGGUUGUAAAAGUUCCCGAAUUUAAAGUAAGAUGUAUAAACUUAGCGAUCCUCAUAAUUUCGUUUUCUACGCCAUUUUAUCAUAUGUCAGUUUUAACAUAUAUAAAUGUUUUGCAACUUCUGGGUGAUGAACAGGUUGAUUUGUUGGACUUUGUCGACCUGCGGUGUGUUCGCUGCCUUAAUGGAAGCCGCAUCCACUGUUUUAACAAUGCCCUAGAAAAGGAUUACAGAGAGUUGAAGGGCUUGACCUUGGAGAGCGUUGCAGAUGAGCAGCUAUUGAUUUACUUACCUUUUUACCAGCCUAUCAAUUUGCAUUCAUUGGUUAUUGGAGGACUCAUGGAGGAAGGUGCCAUACUUACUGUGAAAGUGGCUCUUUGGUGUUUCUGUUAAACUCUCUUUAAGAAGUCUAUAUAAACUGAUGCCAUGCCUUAACACAUUUUUUCCUACAUUAAAGGUCCUAAAACUGUGAAGCUGUUUGCUAACAAAAGGCACUUUGAUAUCAGGUGAAUUCUGUAGUUUCAUAAUAUUUGGUGUCCUUUCCUGGACUGAGCCAUUUGUGGGCACAUUUGUCACCUUUAGCUAAUUGAAUUCGAACUAUCUGCAGUGAUGCUGCUAAAACCACUCCGAGAGACACAGCAAUUUUAUCUGAAGAUAAUCUCAGGGUAAGCCAAUCCUGGUUCAGGAAUUCUGCUUCUUCGGUUAUGUCUUAACAAAAAAUACUUAAUGGGGUUGUUCUCGUAGAGUUAAGAUUUUCCCUGGAGGUUCGAUGUUCAUUCUUCAAGUAUCUUGUUUUUUCUUUUUUUUUUGGUAGGGAGUAACAGUAAAGGUGAAUCAAAUUAAUUUUCAACGCAUUCACAGGUAUGCUUCAAUAGCUUGUUUUCUUUUUUGGAGGUAUUCAUUUGUAAAAUGACCUUAAUUCUUUUGUAUUGCUGUUGGACCAGUCUGACUAUUUUUAUCGAGGACAAUCAGUAUGGUUCCGAACUUACAAGAGUUCAAAGACUUUAUUUGUUUGGAACAUUGUAAGUUUCCGAUGACCUCUUACUUAUCACUUUGCUUCCUUACACUCUUAUUUGCAUUUUGUUUCCAUUCUUAAGUAGCAAGAUAUAUAGUAAUGG